GCAGGCCUUUGGGGUUCAGGUGACUGAGUGUGGGAAGCCUUUGUCAUAGGGUAAAAGUUGCAUACCCCUGGGCUGUAGGCUGCACACUUUGGGUCAAAUAUCAGGUUCUGUAGCUGUGUAUUUCAUCAGAACAAAUCUGUUCUACAAUGAUUAUUUUCCUUAGCUCAGGGUUGUUUUGCCUAUUGAUGGCAGCUGUGGGCAUACAAGCACAACAGACACCUUCUAUAAAUGACCUCAACGCUGAAUGCCUUGGUAACGUUAUUCGUUUGAGUGUCACUCCUCUUUUUGAAGAUGUUGACGCUGUCUUCAAUGACACACAAAUCAUAAACCUGACGCCUGGCCUUGCUACUCAGUGUGGAUUCAGCUUUAAAUUUGACCCCAUGGGGAAUGCCAUGUUUUUUGCUUCUCUUCAAAACUGCUUUUCCCAAAACAUGGAUGAUAAGAUGUUCAGCUUGGUCAUGCAGUUCAGGCUGCCAGGAAACCACAUGACUGAAGACCCUGUUUAUAGAGUUGGCAAAACCUGUAGCUACACCCCCUGGACCUCCCGAGAGAUUCUGUGCGACCGCAACUACAUGGAGGUGUCUGUCAGAAGGAAGGUCUGUCAGAAGGACUCCAUCCAAACCAUCCCCAAACAGCCCACUGGGGGCCCGAAAGCAAGGAGCGGCAACUUCCGGAGGGGAGCUGAGGCUGUUGCUUCAGGAUACAAAAUGACAGCAGUCGUCUUUAGUCCUAGCAAGAAUGUCAUGAAUGUGGAUGAGGUCCAAAGAAAGGGCUAUGCAAUAGCCAACACUCUCACACGGCUGGUGUUAAGAAGCCCUCAUAAUGCAGAGGAGACAUACCUCCAGAAUGUAGCUGGGGUUCCGAUGCGGGUGCUCUCAACCUCAACCUUCUUUGAGCAGAAGUGGCUGGUUACUCGAGUAGAUGCCACGGCUGUUUGUCCAACACCAGAGGCAGUGGCCUUUACUCCAGAAGUGAUCACCUGGUACAUGCCCAAGCACAUAGACCCACUUUUCUCCUCUGAUGCCUUCACCAUGUUGGAGGUGUACAUGGGAAUUGACGCUAAGAGGCUGGACACUGAGGAAAUGGCUGCCAGAAACUACUUGGUUUUAGUCACAGAGGCUCAUAUUAUUGUUGAAAUUCCGGUGGGGGCGGUUGGCGGCUACUUCAAGAGCCAUAUUCAGGAUGACCAGUACUUUGUCACUUACACCAUUGAGCCCAUGCUUGAGUUGCUGUGGAUCGAGGAGGUCGCACACGAGAACACCAGCUAUAAAGUCCUCUUCCCUAUCACAACACCUCCGAUGGCCAGGCCUCCACAAGUUCGCAACUACACGCCCUUAGACACAGUUCCUGAGCAGGCAGUGUUUGUGCUUUCAGGAUGGAGGUGCCCUUCUCAGACCCGGUGGUCUUUUAAGGAGAGAAGGGCGGAACAAGGUGUCACAACCUUCACGCUUCAGCUGAUCUACGGCCUGGUCAUCUUUCCAGAGUACGCUCCUUUCUCUCACUCUGCCGUUGUGGACGCUGUACUGCUGGACAUUGUGCCACCCUCAGUCACUGGCAACUGUGAUCAGGAGAACUUCCACAUCACUGUGGACUACAGGAACCAAGAGCCCUUUUUUGUGGUCUUGGUUGGCAAGCGGCUGCUUAACCAUGAGUUUGCUCAACAGUAUUUAACAGAGGGCGACACAGACUUCACCAUCACGUUGCCCUUCUCUUCGCCGGACGCAGUGUUUGAGUCGGUUCACUCGUCCUCUGUCAGGAGCAGACUGGAUGUGGCUCUGUUGAAUCCUUACAACAACAUGACCAUCAAAUACUUUUCCCUGGCUUGCAGCUUCCUCAAAACGCUGACUGAGUGUUUCUCUAACGGAACGAUGACUGCGCUGGCAGUGAAGGUGGAGUCUGCUCCCGGUCUGAACCCCGGUCAGCUGACCCUGAGCGACCCCGCCUGUGGUCCCACCUACAGUGACGAUCGCUUCGCCUACUUCCACUUCACUGUGAACUCCUGUGGCACCACCAGGAAGUUUAUCAACAAUGUCAUGCUGUAUGAGAACGAAAUCUCCUUGCCAGAUGAACUUGAGGUGAAGCUGAAUGCCACGACGUCUUCAGAGGAGGAAUAUCAGUUAAAGGUUUCCUGCUACUAUGUGGCCAACAUCACUCGCACAUUGGCCUUUCUGACCAGGCCGCGUGACAACGAGCCUUUUGCCGAGACUGGGACUGGUCGACUAAUGGUCAGAAUGAGACUCGCUCAGGACGCCUCGUAUAACACGUUCCACCAGGAGGAGGACUAUCCAGUGGUGAGGUACCUUAGACAGCCUCUGCACUUUGAGGUGGAGCUGACCACGUCCUCUGAUCCCAAGGUAGCGCUGGUGCUUGACCACUGCUGGGCCACCCUCAACGAGGACCGUGACUCCCGACCCCGGUGGAAUCUCAUCAUUAAUGGCUGUGAGAACCCCGAGGAUCCAUACCGUGUGGUCUUCCACCCGGUAGAAGUUGACGCCAGGGUCCACUUCCCCUCUCACGUCAAACGCUUUGAGGUCUAUAUGUUUUCCUUCGCCGAGGAUGCGGUUGAGCAGAGUGGCCAGGUCUUUGUCCAUUGUGAUGUGGUCAUCUGUGAUGCCAGUAGUCCCACUGGCGGCCCCUGUAGUGGACAAUGUGUGAAUCAGGACAACCUGAAAAGAGGUCAACGACAUGUCAAAGACCUCUUUGAGGAGCGUCAUGUAUAUGUUUCUUCUGGAUACAUUCUUUGGGUGUAAUGUAUUGUUCUAACAUGACAAAUAAAGUGUUCUAUAUAAAACAAUCCUAA